UAAUCACACUAUACACGCUAUGGCAAAUGGUUGAGAUGCACGAAAUGGUACCUGGGGGAAAGAGAAACGACAGGUAUCAUCAAUUGGGACAAGAAGCUUUCGGAGAAAAACUUGGUCUGUGGAUUGUGGUUCCUCAACAACUACUUGUUGAAGUUGGUACAUGUAUCGUGUACAUGGUCACUGGAGGCAAGUCUUUGAAAAAGGUUCAUGAAACCUUUUGUCCCGAUUGCAAACAAAUCAGAACCACUUAUUGGAUCAUGGUGUUUGCUUCUGUAAAUUUUGUGCUUGCACAAAUUCCUAACUUUAAUUCUAUUUCCGCUAUCUCUGCUGGUGCAGCCGUCAUGUCUCUCAGUUACUCAACGAUUGCUUGGUCCGCGUCUAUCAAGAAAGGAAUUUCAAAAGACAUAGACUAUACUGUAAAAAUGAAAAGCACCAGCGAUGGUGUCUUUAAUUUCUUCUCUGCAUUGGGAGAUGUGGCUUUUGCAUACGCAGGCCACAAUGUGGUUCUUGAAAUCCAAGCCACAAUGCCUUCAACAGCAGAAAAACCUUCUAAGAUACCAAUGUGGAGAGGGUGUGUUUUGGCAUACAUUGGAGUUGCAUUAUGCUACUUUCCUGUUGCUUUUAUUGGCUACUACAUGUUUGGAAAUUCUGUGGAUGACAACAUCCUCAUCACACUCCAACACCCUGCUUGGCUUAUUGGCAUUGCUAAUUUGUUUGUUGUCAUUCAUGUUGUUGGAGGCUACCAGGUAUUUGCAAUGCCCGUAUUUGAUAUGAUUGAAACCUUCUUGGUUACACGGUUGAACUUCUCACCUUCUACUACCCUACGAUUCACAACUCGCUUUCUAUAUGUUGGAAUUACAAUGUUCAUAGGAAUUUGUGUCCCAUUUUUUGGGUCUCUUCUUGGAUUUCUUGGUGGAUUCGCAUUUGCUCCCACCUCUUACUAUGUAAGUAGGAUAUGUUAUUAUUAUUUGAUAUUUUAA